UAUGGACAAGUAGUAUAUGAGUAUGUACAAGAACUUAUUCUGCUGUCAAUUAAUCCACGUGAUAAUCGAAAAUUUAUGGUUAAUUUUUUUAUUUUUGCGUUUCAUUUUCUUCGACGUGACUCAGAACAUUCUUGUUGUCCCAUUUUUCUCUAAUGUCACAGCUGCAUCUCGUAGAUAAUGAAGGAAGACCGAUUUGUAAAAAUAUAUGCGCUGACUAAAGACACCUAAUGCAAACUAAUUUGUAACGCGGAAUGACUUAUCUGCCGUGGGAGGCUUAUUAAAUAAUUGAAAAUGUCAUACAAGUAACGUGACAAUCGACCAACGUUUAACAUUCUCUGUCUAAAUUUAUUUUCGACAAGUAGCUGACAGAAAAUUCCAAAAUUACGUCGUACAUUUUUUUCAACGGAUACCAUUAAUGGAAUUGUAUUUAACCAGUUGGAUAGAAAUGUUUAUUAAAUGACCAUACGAUCAUUGUAACUAAUACGUACGACGCAAUGGAAAAAUUUGCUGUUGAUUUAGACAAAGUUCUGGACGAUUUCGAGUUUAAUGAAGAUUGUGCAGAGCAAAUAGCAUCUGUUAAUUCUUCAGCAAACAAUGCGUCAUCAUCUACAGUUAAAUGUAACUUGGAACCUUCAAAUUUAAAACCCUACAAUUAUCUCUUAAUAGAUUCUAAAAAUACUAACAAGGAAUUGGAUAUAGUAUCAACUUCAGAAAGACAUAAGGAUACACAGCAGAUAAAUGCAAGAAGUAAAUCUGUAAGCGAAAAGGAUGCAAUUCCUGACAGUCUAGAGUAUAGUAAAGAAGAAACAAUAAUAGAAGGCACAGAAGGUGUAAAUCAAUUUUAUACACAAGAUUAUGUAAGUGACAGUAAAGUUAUACAAAAACAGUCUGUACCAUCUUAUGAUUCCGAACAAGUUCCUUCAACGGUAUACAAUGACAUAUCGCAAAAAUUAUUGCAUAAGCAACAAAAUGAUAGUAACAGUCCAAAGAUUGACAAUAGGUAUGGUAAAAAAUUGAAUCAGUGUAAUCUAAAGCCCAGUGUUAGUAAUGUCUUUAGCAGUUUGAAUGAAUAUAUAAAUGCACCACCUGGAAGUUCAGAUUGUAUCCAUUCUGUAUUGAAUGAACAGAAAGUGCAUUCUAAUUUAGAGUCUAAAACUGCUUAUCAUGGUAAUGAGACAUCUAACUUUGUUCAGAGCUCCAUUAAAGAUAGCGAUAAGAGCAUAGUGUUUAAUCAAACAGCCGAUGCAACUAGUGUAACUAGAGAAUCGUCUGUUUCAAGUCAUGAAGAUGGGCCUAUAUCAUUAGAAGCACCUAUUACGUGUGAGAAUGAUAUUAAAGAGGACCCUAACAUUCAUGCAAUAAGUUUUGAUGAAAUAAAACACGAGGAAGAGCUUCUGAAAGAAGUUUCAUUGAACCAAAUACAUACUGAAUUGAGUAAUAAAGCAGAAGCUGUAUAUAAAGCACAUUCUGAUAGUGUACAAGAAGAUAGCAAUAUUGGAAGCCAAGAAAAUGAUUCUAUACCUGAGAGUACUUACAAUCAAAGUCAUCAAUAUGAAAGUAAUUCUACAUUGGAGUUAGAAGAAAAUGAAAUAAAAUUAAAUGUGGGAGACUUUGAUUCAUCUGAUCAACAUGGGAACAGUUUAAAUGUAGCAGAUAAGCCAAUUGGAUUUAAUAACAUUGAGAAUUUAUCAGAAGAUGAUUUAACCAAGUAUUUAAUAGAAUUAGAGGAGGAGGAAAAAUUAAAUGUGGAAUGUAAGAAACAUGAAAAUGUUUCAGUGCACAAAUCACAUGAAAUUACGUUAGAAGAUACAAUACACAAUAUUCUUCCAGAUCAAAUGGACGAGGGUAAAACUGUAGAGCAUGUCUCUAAAGAUUUAAUUGUAGAAUCUCCUGAAACGACAGAAAAAGAAUUCAGCCAUGAAACCGACAUUUCAGUAACUGAUUAUGAAACAGAAGAAAUGUUAACUAAUGUAAUAGAAAAACAAAAUUCACAAUUCACUGAUGAAUUGGAAGAUGGUAAUAUAAGUAACAAAGAAGUAAAAUCAUUGCAGACCAUUAAAGAUGAUAAUAUGAUACAUGAAAACACUAGUGUAACUUCAGAAAAUGAAUGUUUGCCUAAUGCAAAAAAUGUUAAAGUUAGUCAGGAACACUGUAUGUAUAAUUUAAAUAUUAACCAGGGGUCACUCAGUAAUGGUAAAACUGAUAUUCACCUAAAAGCCCAGAAGGAAAAUCCUCCACAAUACAGUCAAGCUUGUGAAUUGAAAAUCCAAGGUGAUGUUGAUAAUGUUUCUGAAGAGAAACAUGUAAUGACAGCUGAGAUAACUAUGUUAAAUGAUAAAACAAAAAAUUGCGAUGAUAUUAUGUCUACAUCUAUGGAAGCAUCCACAAGACUAAAUGUAAGUGAUAGCAGUGGUGAAUCAGAGAAGCCAGUACGUCCUCAAACCUUAGACAUUGUUUUAACUAAUAAUACCAAUGAACAUCAAAUAGCUGGUUCUACAAGUGAUACACCGUCAGCUCAUGUGCAAUCAAAUGUUGAUGGUACUAAAGAAGAUCAAGGAUCUUCACCAGAUAUUUUAGAUAAUUCUAUACCAGAAACUAAUUCCAUUUUGGGGAAGCAACCUCCAUUUUGGGUGCCUGACAGCGAUGCACCUAGCUGUAUGUUGUGUGAUGUAAAGUUUACAGUAAUGAAAAGACGGCAUCAUUGUCGCGCGUGCGGAAAAGUGUUAUGUAGCAAAUGUUGUAAUAUGAAGUAUAAAUUAGAAUAUCAAGGAAACAUUAAUUCACGAGUUUGUGUUUCUUGUUAUCAGCUUCUUACAAAAGCUGAAUCAGAGCAAAGUAUAGGAGAAUGGUCCUCUGGUUACUCUACCUGUGUAAAUAAUAAUGAUAUUAAUUCACCCCAGGGGAGACAGCCUAAUCCAAAUAAUCCCAUGGAGUACUGUUCAACUAUACCACCCUUGCAACAGUUAGCUGGCGGAUUACCACCACCACCCACUGUUAUGGUACCUGUUGGAGUUCUCAAAAGGGAAGGUGGUACAAAGAGUCGGCCUGAAGUUUCAAAGUCGGUCAUGUUCAGUGAUGAAUUAGACAUGUCCUGGGAUUUGAAACCACCCUACCGGAAGUCAGGAAACAAGAGGAUACCAACACCUGGAUCCUCUGCACCAAAUACUUCAGCCAAACGACAGAACUUGCCACGUUUGGAUCCAGCCACUGAAAGUUACGUGCCACAGGAUCCUAAUGUCCUUCCACCAACUGUAACGAUACAUAAAGGGCAAGUAUCUUAUCAUGCUGUAACGGACGAGGGUCUCCUGUACAGAACACUGAAAAAUGAAUGUGAGCCACCUAUCAUGUUCGCAAUUAACCGGAAUCUCUAUGCUUGUGUUAAAAUAUUGACUUUAAAUUGCUGUAUAAAUAAAACGUGUUGGAACAUCACAUCAAAAGGACUGGCUUGCGUUGGACAGGACGAAGUUAUAUUAUUAGUGGAAGUUUUACCUGAUGAAACCAAGAUACCAAAAGAUCUGCUCAUCUUCAUUAAUCAGUUGUACCUAGAAGCUAUUAAAGGUAAUACUGUAUCCGAGUUGGGAUUCUCAGUGUGCCAGGGAGGCAAUCUGUUAGGUUCUCGAGAGCAUGCAGGAUUUUUGUUCAUUCGUCAAACCCUACAAUGCUUACAAAAAAUUGUAUUACCUCCUGCUCCGUUCUUGUUUGGUCUUCUAGUUCACAGAUGGGAAACUCCAUGGGCGAAGGUAUUUCCGUUACGUCUUGUUUUACGCCUUGGAGCAGAGUAUCGUUACUAUCCCUGUCCCUUAUUUUCUGUUCGGUUUCGAGACGCGUUGUACUUUGAAAUCGGACAUACGGUUAUGAAAGUGUUGGCAGAUUUCAGAAACUUUGGAUACACGUUACCAGGUGUAAGAGGAUUGACCAUUCAUUUAAGGAAUAGAAUGACUGAUGUAAUGUUUCCAAAGAAUCGCUACGAUCAAGUGAUCAAAGGGUUAAAUAAUUCAAACGAUCAUGUAUUAGCAUACGCCUCAAACUUCAGCAUAGCUGCCGACUCGCAUUUAGUUUGUAUUCAAACCAAUACAGGUGAUGAAAGCAGUUACCAAACACAAGCGAUAAGUAUAAAUAAUAAACCAAGAACGGUGACGGGUACAAGUUUCAUCGUCAUUAACGGAGCAUUGAAGUCAUCAAUGGGUCUUUCAGCAAAGUCAAGUAUAGUAGAGGAUGGGUUAAUGGUAGAGAUAAUGCCAGAAAAAAUGGAAGCCUUAAAAGCUGCUCUAAAAAAUAUGCAAGAUUUUUCAAUUGGAUGCGGUCGACAAGGAGCACUCGAACCGGAUGAAACGGUGAAUAUAAAAUGGGUCGAUAAUGAUUUGCAAUUCAACUUAGGAGUUAAAAGUCCCAUUGAUGGACAGCAAAUGGAUGGUAUUCCAUCGAUUAGGGUACAUAAUGGUACCGAUUAUAAAGGAACGAGUAGGUUUAUUCGUUGGACGGAAGUAUUUAUUAUUAAGUCUGAUGAUCAUCCAAAUGGCGUUCACGACCCAGUGGAUAUAAAUAAAUUAUCGGGAAAUAUAGCAAAAGCAACAUGUACAGCUUUAGUGAAGUUGCUGGAUCUUCUGGCUAAUGCUGGCUUAACUAAACUUGGUGUACGAACAACCGUUCAUCCUGAUAAUGUGGGUUAUGAAGCAGGUAGUGAAGGUAUGAAACUACCGCCAAUCUACAUGAACAGUUUGGACAACGAGCUAAUUCAAGUCCUGCAUAAAGCAGCACAAAGCAGUCAGGAUACACACACUGUGCUUGAAUUGAUUUUUUAUAUACUUGACGAUUGAAACUUGGAUUCGUUUUGUUAACCGUUUUAAUAUAAAGGCCGCGUUGUUUGUAUGCUCGAAAUGUAUGUACAAUUUACAGACUCGUGGAGCUAUCGAAAUAGAUCUUUUGAAAUGAGAAGAGGAUAUUUUCUAACCAAGUACUAAUCUAUAAAAGCCACGCGUAUAUUGUAAAGUAUAUGGAAUCAUGUUCAAGCACAUUAUUCAGCAAGGAAAACAUUGUGAAUUUAAAGUUAAGUAAUUUCAAUUGUCUUUAAGUUAUAUUAGCUUUUAUCCUAUGGUUUCUGAAACUCACUUAUUUAUAUCUUCUAUUGGAAGAAAUAGAUACUACAUGUUUUGUAUGUCACAUGUAGGUAUAAAUUUUAUAAAGAAGCCUAGAUAAGAAAAUGUGCGCCACAAAUCAAAAUCAAAUACCCUUAUUUGUUAUUAUGUAAAUAUAUUUGUUUUAUUGUUACUUGUGGUAUCUGAAAAAUAAUUUCUUAUUAUAUUUUACCUUACACUUGCUUGUUAGCGUGCUUUGCCAAUUCUAAGGUUUUUGUAUGAAUUCGGUACUUCAAAGCUGAUAGUUAUUGAUAUGAAUUUCAACUCAUUCAAGAUUCUAGUAAAUGAGAAGAAACUUAUUAUGAUAUUUAUAACAUGUGUGAAUAAGUUCUGUGUAGUUGCUAAUAAUAGUCUGUACAUAUGUAUAAAAGCUAAAUAUUAUAUCUAUCCUACUGUAACUGUAUAGAUUUCGUUUCUUGAAAAGAUUAACAAUAAUUAAUAUAUACAAAAAUUUCUCUUGAUACAUGUACAUUUUUGCAAAUUUCAUUUUUUUUGUACAAUUUCAACAUGUUUAUGUUUUAACUACUUUAUAAUCAUGUUAAAUUACAUCUUGUUGAAAAAAUACUGCAGGGAAGCUAAAAUAUCAGAGAAAUAUGUGGAUAAACAAGGAUUAUACCAAGAAUUUACAAUAAGAACAUUUAGUUACAGCUUUUGAAUUUGUAGUCAGUAUGAUCAACAUGUAAAUGUAUAUAUUUGUUAUUAAAAAUGUAAAAAACGAAAUCCAUGUAUGUUAAGAAUGCAGAAUCUUACUUUUUAUUGCUUGCAUUGUAAUAUAUGUAAACAUAAAUUUAUAUGCUAAAAGAUUGCGAACACAGUUUGUAAUGUUUAUUUUACUCUUUCGAAAAUUGUUUAAAACAAUGAACCAAAUAUACAAAUUAAGUAUAACAUCAGUAAAUUGUCUUGACUGCAAAAAUUUAUAUACAAUAGAUCUAGAAUAUUUAAGUUAAUAGUAUAACAUACAGUUCAAACUGAGAGACAAGCCAAAAUUUGUAACUCAACGAACAUCUGAGAUUUCAGUAAAUAAAAGAGUUCUGUAGGAGAA